UUCCCUUUUCUCUCCUCUUCCGUUUCUAUCUCUGCCAACGUUUUACGGCUUUGUAGUGUCUCUCUGCACUGAUUCCCCUACCCCCUCCCCCUCAUUGCAAGCCAGGAUCAGCCACCCCCAAUGGCAGACCAGCGUCUCGUGGUAGUUAUCAGCGGGGCGGGGAGAGGUAUCGGGAAUGCCUUGGCCCAGGCGUAUCUGUCGCGCCCAAAUUGCACCGUGGUUGGGGGCAUCCGUGACGAGAAUUCUCCCGGGGUUGCCGAGUUGAAGGCAUCCCCGCCGGGGGCUGGCUCGGAGCUGCUUCUCGUCAAACUAGAAAGCACAUCACCUACCGAUGCCAAAAGCGCAGUCGAGAAGAUGACUGCUGCAGGCGUUGACCAUAUCGAUGUCCUGAUAGCCAACGCAGGGGUAAGCCCGCCGAUCAAGCCCCUCGAGACGGUUACCCGGGAAGAGGUAGCCAACGUGUUCGAUAUCAACGCCCUCGGCACUCUGUCUUUGUACCAAGCCUGCCAUUCGCUGCUGGAAAAGUCAAAGAACGCCAAGUUCGCAUCUAUCAGCAGUGCCGCCGGUUCCAUCGGCGCCAUGGAAAGCAAUGGCGCCUACGUAGCACCGGCUUAUGCCAUUUCUAAAUCGGCGAUGAACUGGAUUACCUUGUCGGCGCACUGCAGUAACAAAUGGCUCACCACCAUCGCCAUCAACCCCGGACUCGUUGCCACCGACAUGGGGAAUUGGAGUGCCAAAUUCCUAGGCUUGGAGAAGGCGCCCUACACCAAAGAGUACAGUGCUGAGAGAGUUAUAAGUAUUAUCGACGCCGCCAGUCGUGAGAACUCGGGCCGGUUUUGGGAUGCAAUCGAGGGCAAGGAACUGCCAUGGUAACUGUUGAUUGUGUAAUAUAGAAGACGUGGCAGUCAAAAUAUUGGACACAUGCAAUCUUAUAUUAUUCCACAGCCUUAAUAUCGGACCAUCUGUGUGGGCCUAAGCUAACGCAGUAUUGUUACUGUUCUUAUCCCGGGCACCAUACAGCUA